CCGUGCCCGUCGCCGCUCCCUCUGCGGCCAGCAAGUCCGCGGGGACGCCCCUUUCUACCUCGCCACCUUUGGUCAGCUGAAGCUGUCAAUCGAAGCCCAGAGCAGAGUUCUGCUUCUCCACGUUAUUGAAGCCAAAGACCUAAUGGAGGAAAGCCCUCAGCCCUGUGCUGUGUACGUGAAGAUGUCGCUGGCACCCGACGGCGACCCCAAGGCCCGGCAGAAGACGCAGACCGUUACGGACAGCAGGAACCCUGGCUUUCACGAGCAUUUUCUAUUCCCAGUCCAAGAGAAAGAUGAGCAGAAGCGUCUCCUGGUCGCAGUUUGGAACAGAGAGAGGGAAUCGAGACAGAGCGAUCUCCUCGGCUGCAUGAGCUUUGGGGUGAAGUCUCUCCUGACUCUGGGCAAGGUGGUGAGCGGCUGGUACUAUCUCCUGGGGGAGGAUCUGGGCCGCACAAAGCACCUGAGAGUGGCCAACCGGCGGCUGAGGCGCCAGACCACAGACCUGUCCUCGAGGAAACAGCAGAUUCUAUCCUUGGGGAGCAGAUGCAAUGAGAGUGUGGAACAAUUCAAGAUCACAAUUCCGAGGGGGAGAGAUGGUUUUGGCUUCACCAUCUGUUGUGAUUCUCCAGUUCGGGUUCAAGCCGUUGAUUCUGGGGGCCCAGCGGAGAUGGCUGGCCUGCAGCAGCUGGACACGGUGCUGCAGCUGAAUGAGCAACCGGUGGAGCACUGGAAAUGCGUGGAACUGGCCCAUGAGAUCCGGAACUGCCCCGGGGAGAUCAUCCUGCUGGUUUGGCGCAUUGUCCCCCAAGUCAAGCCGGGGCCGGAUGGUGGUGUCCUGCGCCGGGCCUCCUGCAAGUCCACCCACGACCUCCAGUCACCCCCCAACAAGCGGGAGAAGAACAGUGCGGUGGGCACUCGGCCUGAGCAGCGUCACAGCUGCCAUCUGGUGUGCGACAGCUCAGACGGCCUGCUGCUCGGCGGCUGGGAGCGCUAUGUCGAGGUGGGCAAGCGGGGCCAGCACACCCUGCCCCCGCUGUCCCGGCCCCCGGCCUCCGCGGACUCCAACUACAUCAUCCUGGCCCCGCUGAAUCCCGGCAGCCAGUUGCUGAGGCCAGUGUACCAGGAAGACAGCAUCCCAGAGGACACAGGAAGCUCCAGCAAAGGGAAAUCCCACCCAGGGAUGGGCAGGAAGUCCCGGCUGAUGAAGACCGUGCAGACCAUGAAGAACUACGGGAACUAUCAGAACUGCACUGUUGUGCGGCCGCAUGCCCCCCACUCCAGCUACGGCACCUACGUGACCCUGGCCCCCAAAGUCCUGGUCUUCCCUGUCUUCGUGCAGCCUCUUGAUCUCUGUAACCCUGCCCGGACACUGCUGCUGUCAGAGGAACUGGUGCUGUAUGAGGGCCGAAGCAAUACUAGCAAGGUGACCCUGUUUGUGUACUCUGACCUGCUGCUCUUCACUACAGAGGAUGAGCCAGGCCGCUGCAACGUCCUGAGGAACCCACUCUACCUCCAGAGUGUGACGCUGCAGGAGGGUUCUUCAGAAGACCUGAAGUUCUGCGUGCUGUAUUUAGCUGAGAAAGCCGAGUGCUUAUUAACAUUGGAAGCUUACACGCGAGAGCAGAAGAAGAGAGUGUGUUGGUGCCUCUCGGAGAACAUUGCCAAGCAGCAGCAACAGCAGCAGCAGCAGCAGCAGCAGCAACGGCGGCGGCAGCAGCUGGUCACAACUCCUCCGGGGGGAAAGAUACUGGAGACCGAAAGGGAGGAGCAGAGAGCAAUGACCUCGGAAGCAGAGAAGGCAGAAGCCCCCCAGCCUCCCUUGCCUGAGGAGGGCCUGGCCAGCGGAGGGCUGAAGGGGUCUGGGCUUCCGGCUGGUGACGCCCCUCCAGCGGGAGAGACCUCUGCAGGAGAAAUUUCUCCCACAGCAGCCUCUGCACCGGCUGCUGCAGGAGAGACAGAGGCCGAUGCUGGGGAGGUCUCCGCUGGGGAGGCUGUCACUGGGGAGGCUGCUGUCGGGGAGGCCCCUGGAAAGGAGGCUGAGGUAGGGGAAGCCCCCAGAAGGGAAGCCUGCCACUCUGGAGCCAGCAAGUCCUUCAUCAUCCCUGAGGUGCGCCUGGACUGCACUUUCAGCCAGAGCCCCGAGCAAGCAGAGUCGGAGCUCGGCCAUCGUCCGGAUGGAGAUGAGGACGACGAGGGAGACGAGGAGGAGGACAGAGAAGCAGAGGAUGAGGAGGAGGAGGAAGAAGAUGAGGAGGAGGAGGAUGGUGGCAGGGAAGAGGGAGGCGAGAGCGAUGACAGUUACCUGGAGCAGAAGGAGUUGAAGCGCUGCAGCAUGAUGGAACCGUCAGGAUGCGCGGAGGGCUUCACGUUGUCCGUGCAGAACUCGCUGCGCCGCCGCACUCACAGUGAGGGCAGCCUCCUGCAGGAGGCCAAGGGCCACUGCUUCGCCUCGGACACCACCCUCAACUGCUCCGACAGCGAGGGCAAGCAGGGCGGCUGGGCCCUUCCCUCCCCAAAGACGCUGAAGAAAGAGCUGACGCGAAACGGUGGUUCCAUGCACCAGCUCUCCCUGUUUUUCUCGGGACACAGAAAGCUGAGCGCCCCGGAGGCCGAUUUGAGCUGCGAUGAAGGUGAUGAUGCCUCUCGGAAGAGAAAGAGCAAAAACCUGGCCAAAGACAUGAAGAACCGACUGGGGCUCUUCCGCCGGAGGAACGAGUCUCCCGGAGCCAACCCCGUGGGAAAGCUGGACAAAGUGAUGAAAUCUCUCAAACCCACCCCGGAGGAGGCGCUCAAGUGGGGGGCAUCUCUGGAGAAACUGCUGUUCCACAAAUACGGGCUGGCCGUGUUCCGAGCCUUCCUCCGCACGGAGUUCAGCGAGGAGAAUCUCGACUUCUGGCUGGCCUGCGAGGACUUCAAAAAGGUUAAGUCCCAAUCGAAGAUGGUGUCCAAGGCCAAGAAGAUCUUCGCGGAAUACAUCGCCAUCCAGUCCUGCAAAGAGGUUAACCUGGAUUCCUACACACGGGACCACACCAAAGAGAACAUGCAGAACGUGAGCCGGAGCUGCUUUGACCUCGCUCAGAAGCGCAUCUAUGGGCUGAUGGAGAAGGACUCUUACCCCCGCUUCCUGCGUUCGGAGCUCUACCUGGACCUCACAAACCAGAGGAAGCUAAGCCCCGUGCUGUAGAGGCCCAGCUGCCACAGGGCAGACUGCAAGCUUGGUGUUUACACCCCGCCAGCCAGCGGUGGCCCUGCCUCUCCCUCCCUUACCACCCCAUGUAGGAUGGGAAGCAGGGAGGGGCCGCUCCGCUGGCAGCCCUGGAAGCCAUAUCUCCGCCGUGUGCGUGAGGACCAACGCGGGUGCCACCCGGAAGAGGCUUAGGGACCAGAACGGAUGACCCCCGGCCAUCCCGUCCUGUCCCUGGCCCUGCCCGUCAUCUCUCCGGUACGACAUUCCAGGCUGCCCUCCGUGGGGUACUGGGCACGAGGACUCCGACUUGGCUCCCGAUGGGGGAUGAGGCAGCCCAGGGCCCGCAGGAAGUGUGCCCCCGGAGCUGGGGAAGGCCGUGCCCGGGGACGGGUCUCUGGCCGGGACCAAGAUGCCGUGGGUUCCUUUUCCUAAGCGGAACCCCCUUUCUCUUUUUCCUGGAGGGCUCGUAGCGACCAAGUUCCUUAAAAGACUGGAUACGAAGGCAGGGUUCUUGAGCCAGGCGGCAAACCCUUGAAGGGGCACCUGGCUCCUCUUUCUCUGUGGCUCCUUGUCUUUGGAAGCCUGAGGCUGAGGAUUCUGCCGUCUUGUCCCAGCCCUGCCUCUUGUUUAUUUAUUUAAACACUGUAGCUGGAUGCUUGAUGCAUUGUUGGAUAAUAGGAAAUACUCGCCUCUUUAUUUUCUUAAUUGUUGUGUGCAAUAUUGUAACUAGGUUUCAUUGGAAGCUAGAAGCAGAGUGCCCAUUCUAUUUUAAGAGUAUGUACAAAAUUUUCUAAGUUUGAGGGGUGAAUUUUUUUCUUUUGCGGGCAGGCCCCGGCAGCAGGCAGCUGGGUUUCCUGAAUGUACAUAUUGUUUUCGGAAGCUCUCGAGUCUGGUGAUCCAGCUGGACGGCUGCAAUGUCUUACAGUCCCUGCCCCAAAGGAGGCCUGGGGUUCUGGCCGGGGCGAGGAGCACGAGCUUCCGGGCCCAUGCUGCGGUGCCGGACUUUGGGUCCUGGCCCAGGCCCUACAGCUCAAGGCUUUAGAGGGAAUAAAGGGCCAAUAUUGUUUCUUGUA